GUACCUCAAAUGUCCAACUGGUCAUCGACUUUGACUUACUGCACUAGACUAGUUACUCUGUUCAGUUGCAUUUCGUAUGUUCUGUCAUUAUUACUUUCGUCUGGUGGAAAUGCCUUCGUAUGGUAUCAGCGUGCCCUAAUUGCAAAUGCAGCAACGUCGGCAUUGCGCUUACGUCAACGAAUUGUUGAGCAGGGCAGCCAACUCCAUCUUACUCAGCAGAGCCUUCUGCAAUUAAUCUCAGAAGAUUCACUGCACUAUCUACUCUAUUCUGUUAUGUUCUUGUUGGCACCUCCUGUUACCGUUGCGAUUGUACCAAUAUUUUGUUUUGCCUUUCUUCACUGCCUUGGAUUUACUCAAAAUCUUCUACAGCUUUAUGCUGGCGAAACUAGUUCCACACCGUCAUGGGCUUCGAAAGUUCGUUCUCUCAUCUCAAAGGCACAAAACCAUGGCGUUAACCUACUAAGAGUUGUCGCAAUUCACGAAAUAUUGCUGAUGGUCGUCGCAAUUGUGCUAGCCUUCUCUGGACGUAAUCUACUACUUCCCUUCUUCUAUUAUCACUUUCUCAAGCUCCGCUAUGCCUCACGGCGAAAUCCAUAUUGUCGGUCUGUUUGCAAAAGUAGUUUUAUUCGUGCUCGUGUUCGAUUGUCUGUAUAA